AUGAUAACUCUAUUCUUCAGCCGGUUUCUUUCGAAGAUGUGACACCUGAAGACACUUGUAUUAUAUGCUUAGAUUCUUUCGUUGACCCAGAUACCACCACGUCGGAUCAACAUAUCGUCAAACUGCCUCCAUGUCAUGGCCAUUAUUUUCAUAGAAAAUAUUAA